ACCCCACUAGCCACCAUGCCUCAGGAAAUCUCCGACAUCAAGCAGUUCAUCGAGGUCUGCCGCCGCAAGGAUGCGUCCUCUGCUCGCAUCAAGCGCAACCCCAAGGACCAGCAGAUCAAGUUCAAGGUCCGCUGCUCCCGCUUCGUCUACACCCUUGUCCUGAAGGACUCCGACAAGGCCGACAAGCUCAAGCAGAGCCUGCCCCCUGCUCUCAAGGUUGUCGACGUCUCCAAGGGAGACAAGAAGAAGGCUCUGUAAAUACCUUCAUCAACACAUUGAGGUUGGAACUCGGCGAGGAGGUCGUCGGCGCAUGGAAUAUGGUCGGAGCAUGAAUACAAAUGUCGAUUACGAUUAGGAAAUUGGCAUGGGCAAGGAUUGCUUCUGUGGGCCGACACGGAGGGGUCAUUGAUCUCUGAACCAGAUUGGUUGUCUCUUCGCGUCUGGUUACCAGUGGACUGUGAUGGAUGUCUUCACGGUUCACUGAAACCGGAUGACCUACAUGACUGGAACUUUUCUGCUAAGGGUUUUGCUUUGUCGGAGCACCUUUGCAUCCUAUACAACGUAAUGGAGAAAAACAGUUGAAAAUUCCAUGAUACCUCGACUUUCGCCCGAUAAUGUGACAUGAAUGCUUGUGCUCUG